CUGAAAAAUCCAAACAUUCCGAUCCGAUAGUUGAAUGAAAUGAUUUAAAGAGUUUUGUUUAUAAACAUGGGCUGUUGCGACUCGAAAGAAAAAGAUCAGGAGGAGGAAAAUGAGGAGAGAACUUGUACCGACGUAUUCUGGCUGAUUCUCUUCAUUUUAUUCUGGUUUUUGAUGGUGAUAAUCGCCGCAUUCUCGUUCGUAUACGGAAACCCGAUCAGAAUUAUAAAUGGCUAUGACUCAUUUGGCAAUACUUGCGGCACAAAACACAACAAAGUCAUGGGAAAUUUCACACUUUCAGGCCUUGAUACAUCCGAUAAACCUUACCUUCUCUUCUACGAUGUAAAGGACUUGAAAGAAUCCCUCAAAAUAUGCGUUAAAGAAUGCCCAACAAGGACUUUAACAACAGUACAAGAGCUUUACGAUUAUCACAAAUCUGGUGUGGAUCUAUGCAAAUACGGAUUUAAUUAUGAGUCCCUCAAUGACAGAAGUAUAGAUAAAGCAGUUUUAUUAGCCCCUUUAGGACCUUGCCCCGUUUUACCAGUUUAUGAAGGAAAGCCUGUUUUACACCGUUGUAUCCCAAAACCUAUAAAAGAAGUCACUGAGUCGAUCUUGAGGAAUUUUUAUGACUUGCUCAAUGGAUGGGAUACUUUAGAACAGAUACUAAGCGACCUGUAUCAUACAUGGAAGGAAAUAUUAGGGCUGGCAGUGCUUUCCCUUUUAAUAUCCUUGCUAACCAUCACAAUAUUACAUUGCCUGGCACACAUAAUCUCGUAUUUCAUAAUGAUCGGAUUUGCUAUAGCGAGUAUAGGAGGAACAGCAUAUUUGUGGUAUACUUACUAUGAUAUUAAGCAUAAUCUAGAUAAAACUGAGCAAAACGAAAGAUAUAGUUUAUUGCUGGAGUCUGUACGAAAUGAAGUAGCUUUUCGUUGGUAUGCUAUUAUUGCUACCGUUAUAACAGUUAUAAUAUUAAUAAUAAUUAUUUUUAUGAGAAAACAAGUAGAUUUCUUGGCAAACCUUUUCAAGGAAACUUCAAAAUGCAUUAUGCAUUUACCAGGACUGUUUUUCCAACCUUUUUUAACCUUUAUAGUUCUUGUUCUUUUCUUUAUGUUCUGGAUAUUCGUUGUGUUAUGUCUUGCCACCGCAAACUACCCGGGAACUGAUGUAAUAUCCGGAGUAAGAGUCACAGGACAGGGCUCAGCAUUACUGACAACCCCCUCGACGAAUUCCGCCUUGAAAAACAAUUCGAUCAUAGACAAACUUAACCAAUUUAAAAUGAUCAUAUACAACGAUGAUUCCUGGGUGAAAAGUAUGUGGUGGGUGUAUUUCAUAGGGCUGAUAUGGACGUCGGAGUUUAUUAUGGCCUGUCAGCAAAUGGUGAUUGCUGGCUCAGUGGCCCACUGGUUUUACAGGCAUAAAUACAAGAACAAUGAUCAUGUUUGCUACUCUAUGGGCAAGUUAAUCAAGUACCAUCUGGGUUCAGUCGCCUUGGGUUCACUUAUAAUCACACUUUUCAAGAUUCCGCGUCUCAUAUUAACAUAUUUACAUGAAAGGUUCACAAGGAAUAAAGAAAAAGGUAGCGAGUGUGCCGCGUGCGCCCUGAGAGGCUGCAUUUGCUGUUUUUACUGCCUGGAAAAAUUUAUCAGAUAUUUGAACCACAACGCUUACACUGUUAUAGCCAUUGAUGGGUCGAAUUUUUGUAAAGCGGCAGGAACGGCUUUUGAAGUACUGACCUCCCACGCUCUGCAAGUGGCCACCAUCAAUUCUCUGGGCGAUUUCAUCCUGUUUCUGGGCAAAUGCUUCGUGACAGCCGUGACAGGGUGCGUGGGACUCGCCAUCUUCCGUAGAAAUCCAGAACUGACGUUUUACGCGGCCCCGACCUUGUUGGUGUGCAUAUUUGCCUUCUUCGUGGCCCACUGCGUACUUUCAUUGUAUGAGAUGGUACUCGAUACAGUGUACCUCUGCAUGUGCCAGAGCGGAGACGCUCCAGAUGGCAUCCAGAUGCAGAAUUUGGGCGUGACAAACAACGGAAAUACGCAACGUCAAAGCACAGAAACCGAACCAAUGAGUUAAAUAAGUUUUUUUUUCAGCUAAAUAAGCACAAAAAACGAGGCUAUUCAUGGCAUAGAUAUUCCCUCACUGUAUUUGUCAUGAUUUUUUUAUUCUUCUCGCAUUUUAGACACGUUUUUGCAUUUAUUAUUAAUUAUUAUCAUUGAUGUUAUUAUAAUUAUUGUAAAAUAUACUCUAAGAGGCUGAGAAAUUCAUGUUUAAACUAUUAUAAAAUAACGCACAUACUCUAAUAUUAUUAUGCUGUGUAAAAGUACAAUUUAUAGAGAUAUAUUCCGUAUGAUCGAAAAAAAAACCGGCGUCAAGUUGGCUAGGAAAUGACGAUCGAUGACAUUUGCCAUAUAAAAUGACAGCGAUCUUCAUUUCAUGGCCAUCGCUGACGCCGUUUCUUUUUUCGAUCAUACGGUACUUAUCUAUAACGGUUGAAUUAUCUAUCAUACUUCUACCUUAAUAAUUCAGGCAAUUUCCAAGUAUUAAAAGUUUCCUUUAAUAGGCGCAUUCGCCAUUUCGUCAAGAAAAAAACCUGAUUUGCAAGUUAAUACAAAGAUAUUCCAUUUAAAAUUAUUUUUUCAGUACUCUGGGUACAUAGAUACAAUAUAAUUACUGUAAUAUUCUACUUAAAUAUUACAUUUCAUUUAUAAAAUGCCGUAUGAUCGAAAAAAAACCGGCGUCCAGUUAGCUGGGAAAUGAUGACAUGUCCCAUAUAAAAAUUUAUAUGGGACAAAUACACCUAAAACGACAGCAACAUUAUUUCAUAGCCAUCGCUGACGCCGUUUUCUUUUCGAUCAUACGGUACUUAUAAAAAAAUAUUAUGUAUUUACGCACAUAUAUAUAAAAUUGUAUCAUAUAAGUCUGAGCUUUUAAAAUGUGAAAACUGCCAUUUGUUGUAUUUUUUUAAAGAUAUUUACAAAAAACGAAUCUCAGUAUCAGUAUACGCCCGCAUAUAUUAACAGUCCCAAAAAAAAAACGGCGCCACGGUGACCUUUGAAAUGACAAUUAAUUAUAAUUUCUCUAAAGAAAAAAAUACUAAAAUAGAAAAUGGUGAAAAACAAAAAUAUUUUUAAUGGUUUUUAAAAAGUAGAAAGUUUACAGGCGCAGAAAUUUUCAGCCAUUGUCAUUUCUCAGGCCGCUACGACGCCGUUUUAUUUCGAUAGUAUGGUGUUUAUAUUUCUUAAUAUUUUACAAGAAUACCCUUAGUAUUCGGUGUAGCAUGUAUAUGUAGAAAAUUCUAUAUUAUUUAUAAAAAAGUAGUAAGUGCCUCAAGUAACAAAUCCAUAAAAAAUAUCGGUGCUGUUGAUUUAUUUAUUCUCAGUAAUAUAGGAAUGUUUAUGUAUUUUUGCUAAUUAUUUAUAUGUAUUUUUAGUCAGUAAUUUUCGAAUAUAUUUAUAAGUUAUUUAAACUCCUUUGUAAUUCAAUUUAAAUAAAAACCUAUCACAC